AUGAUCUCUUCAUUACAUCUCCUCCUAUUGGCUCUGGCCAGCUGCCAGACUACUCAAGCUUUCAUGGCCUCUCCAAGAGAUGGCACCAGCGACGCCGAUUCCACUUCAUCCAAAAGCCUCUCUACAUCCGCCAUCAUCGGCAUCAUUGUUGGCAUUGUCAUCAUCUUCGCACUCGCCACUGUCUUAUUCGCCGUCUAUUUUGCUCGCCAGAGGAACGCCCCUCCUCCCUUUUACGAGCAACGCUACUAUUAUAGACAAGACAUUGAGGCGUCUCCCAAAACUAUGGUUGAGCCUUGGGUAUAUGUGGCCCACCAGUCUCAUUACCCAGAGGUCUCCAGAGACGGCUCUGUUGGGACAAAUGGCGAGUUUUACAACCACAUGGAGAAUGCUGCUCGUUCAGGCCACAUACAGCUCACUCAUGAUCCGAGAUCUGUCAUCCAUGGCCCCGAUAACGCCAUGCCUGCUCAUCACGCCUAUGACCCGAAUGCCGUCUCCAAGCAAGCCAGAGACGCAAUCUCAAGCCAUUCUCUGCCGACUCCUCAGCCAAUACACAAACGCAGGCCAGGCACUCCCGACUCGUUCAUCAUCCGAGCCUAUAAAUCCGCCGUAGAGAACGCUUCUCGGCCAUCUGAGCCGCAGCCACUCCCUACACCAGGGCAGUCUGUGUUAUCAUCUCCAUCUGAGCCCAGCUCUUCGCCAACAUUGGUUGGAUCUUCGUCCCGAUGGUCCAGACUUUCUUCGCUCUCUUUGCCCAAGCUAUAUAUUCCAAAGAAAGCUCCACCGCCGAGUCUCGUGCUUCAGCCCCUGGCUACAAGACCUGGAGACGCUGCAGAUCAUCAGCUGCACAUCACACCUCCUCUCUUGAGCGAUCCUCGGUUCAUUGAUAGGCCACUCGGCGCGGGCGUCGUUGUCCUCGAGCGAAACCGUCCAGCUACUCCGAACGACAGCGAGAAGUAUUCUGCCUAUAAGGAUGUGCCAUUAGCCAGCGGGAAGAGCAUAUUGUACGGGAUGUGA